UUUAACUUUAACAUUAAAAUCUAUUUUUUAGUGAUUUUGCUAAAUCCUGAAAUUGAUGCAUAAAAUUAAAUUUAAUGAUAUGGAAGAAGCUAGUGAGAGAACUUGUAAAAUAGAAAUAGAUGACACCUGUGUUGGUCCAUUGGAUGCCUUCAAAAUAGAAAUUAAGAAAGAACCCAAGACAGAAAUUGCUGCAGAUCAAGCAUUUGAUUAUUUGAACUUAAAUGAAUUUCCGGUAAACCCUAAAGUAGAACAAGAUGAAUAUUUUACACCAUUUGAAGAAAAACAAACAACACAUGAAGAAAGUUGUUCCCAGGAGGAGAACAAAAUGAGCAUGAUGGAAACGUUACAUUCGUCUUGUAAUGGAAAAUAUGCAGGUCAACAUGCUGAAGGGAAAAUAUUAAAUAAAAAUAUGAUAGUUGGGACUGAACAAAGAUGUUACAAAUGUGAGACAUGUUAUAAGCAGUUUACUCAAACAAAAUACUUAAAACAACACUUGUUGGUACAUGCCAGAGAAAAACCUUUCAAAUGUGAAAUUUGUUUUAAGCAGUUUUCUCGAAAAGGUUAUUUCACUGAACAUAAGAAAGUUCACACUGAAGAAAAAACUCAUGAGUGCAAAGUUUGUUUGGAGAAGUUUACUAUAAGUGAUUUAAAAAGACAUUUGAAAACACACAUUGGGCAAAAACUUCACAGGUGUGAAAUUUGUUUUAAACAGUUUAGUAGAGCAGGUACUUUGAAAACACAUUUGAGAGUACACACGGGAGAAAAGCCCUACAACUGUGAAAUUUGUUUAAAGCAGUUUAUAGAAGCUGAUAAUUUGAGAAAACAUAUGAGAGUGCACACUGGAGAAAAACCGUACAAGUGUGAAGUUUGUUUAAAGCAGUUUGCUAGCAGAAGUCAACUGACAAGACAUUUGAGUAUACACACAGGUGAAAAACCUUACAAGUGUGACAUUUGUUUGAAGCAGUUUAUUACUAAAAGUAAUUUGCAAAGGCAUUUGAUAUUUCACACUGGAGAAAAACUUCACACGUGUGAAAUUUGUUUUAAACGGUUUGGUGAAGCAGGUCAUUUGAAAACACAUUUGAGAAUGCACACGGGAGAAAGGCCUUACAACUGUGAAAUUUGUUUAAAGCAGUUUAUAGAAGCUUAUAAUUUGAGAAAACAUAUGAGAGUGCACACUGGAGAAAAACCGUACAAGUGCGAAGUUUGUUUAAAGCAGUUUGCUACCAGAAGUCAACUGACAGGACAUUUGAGUAUACACACGGGUGAAAAACCUUACAAGUGUGACAUUUGUUUGAAGCAGUUUAUUACUAAAAGUAAUUUGACAAGACAUUUGAGAACACAUGCUUGAGAAAAAAAUCACAAGUGUGAAAUUUGUUUAAUAAAGCAGGUAGUCUGAAAACCCAUUAUAUAGUGCACACGGGAGUAACCUAGGACAAAUAAUCUCGGAAGAAAAAUCCCCAGACAAAAAAUCCCCACAAACACGGGUGUAGCCAGGGGGUUUUGGGAGUUUAAACCUACCCCUUCUCCUCCUCCCCGAAAAGUUAAGAUGUUAACAUUUAUAAAAUUAAAAUAAGGACAGGCGCUAGAUCUUAUUUUAAUAUCUUAAGGCGCUACCUACAGGUGCUAAUCUUUUUAUGAUUUGUUCAAUACUUUCAAUAUAAAGUUCUCAUCAUUUCAAUUUCACUUCCUUUGAUGAGCAGUUGUCUUCUGAAAGGAAGAGACAGCAAAAGAAAAAAACUAAUCCCUAUCGUAAAAUAAUUUUUGCGGCAAACAAGGUAUACCUUUAUAAGAGGUAAAACUGAUUCGGGGAGGAUCCACAUUACACUAGAGUCUGAACAACCACUUCAUAAUGAUGGUAAUUUUCGAGCACUGUUGCGGUACGCAGCCGAAUCUGGGGAUAAAGAUCUUUUUAAGCAUUUGGCCAUUUCUCCGAAGAAUGACACGAACCCUCAAAUCCAAAAUGAAAUAAUUGACAUUUGUGGUGAUAUUAUUCAACAUAAGAUCAUCGGUGAAGUAAAGAAGGCUAAUUUUUUGCGAUUCUCGCCGAUGAGACGACUGACAUUACGCGUAUGGAUCAAGUCUCACUGUGCUUGCGAUAUGUUGAUGUCACAGAUGUUAAACAACAUAAAGUUAUCGAGAUGUUCUUACAGUAUAUUCCAACUGUUGACGUGACAGGAUGCGGCCUUGCAAAUCUCAUAAUUACAGCUCUGAAAAAGUAUGGACUUAAAUGUUCUCAUGUGGUUGGACAAGGUUACGAUGGGGCUGCAGCUAUGAGUGGGUAUUUGCACGGUGCCGAAGCGUAUAUUCGUCAAAAGUGGCAUCUUGCUUUUAUUUACAUUGUAGUGCACACUCACAAUCUUGCUAUUGCCUACUCAUGUUUACAAGUAGAUAUGCGAAAUUGCGUUGGGAUCGUGAAGUCUGUUAGUUCCUACUUUAGACGUUCGACAAAACGCACUGCCGUUCUGAAAAAAAAAUUCGGGAUCUGUUGCCAGCUGAUCACCAAAAAAAUCUACUGGCUAUGUGCGAAACACGGUGGGUUCACAAGCAUGAAGUCAUUAUAAAAUUCAAGGAAAUUUAUCCAGCGAUUGUGCAGGCUCUCGAAGAACUCAAUGUAGCCACUGUACAGAAGCAUCACAACAAGGCAACCAAAUGCUUAACACACUUCGGUCUUCGAAUUUUGUUAUGUUCCUAGUGAUUCUUAAAAGUCAUGAGCUAUACAUUGUCGCUAUCAAAGCAAUUGCAGGCAAUUAAUACAGACCUCAUAACAGCAUUCACUAUGGCAUAGAAAUUGAUCCGAAUGAAGUAGUGGAUACAUUUAAAAAGAAAAACAGAAAAUUAAUUCUGUAAUGCUUACUUGAUAUAAUAGUACUUUAUUCUUCCUAAUUUCGUCCAGGAGCUUUUUUAUUGAUCUAUUUUUUACAUCAUCUUUCAAAUUUUUCUUAUGAAUAUAAGGGUUAUUUUAUGUA